GUGGGUUAAUACACUUCAGUUUCGCCUGGUAAUCCUAUCAAGCCUGGAAGGCCGGACUGCAUUAGGAGUAAACUGUUCAUCUACUUUCCGUGCAUUUUUUAUUUUGAAAUUUGUACGCUGUCACUGACUAUAUCAAUUACCUGUUUUUGGCUCCUCCUCCUUCAUACAGUCUGCAGGGUAGUAUGCUGACGCAGUUGCGAAGCGGUAGUAGAAUACAAAACGCUGUUAUCUAGCAAGGGUGGGAUAGAAAUAGAAGCAGGCGUAGUUUAGAGUUAUCAAGUUAAGCCAGUUCUAAACUUUUUGGAAACUUGAGCUUGUUAAAUCCAGAAGACUAAGCUUAGAAAAGGGUUAGCAAUGGCUAAGAGGACUGCUGAUAAGGAGCUGACUGACAGAAACUGGGAUCAGAGUGAUGAUAAAGAGGAGGCGGGAACAUUUUCUGUGGCAACUGAAGAGGUGUUGAAGAACCGACCAAUUAAAAAAGCAAAACGGAGGACAGCUGGAUCAGAGGCUGAUGGCAGUGGGGCAUUUAAGGGAUUUAAAGGUUUGAACUUUAUAACUGGAGGCACUGGUUUCACUGGAUUUAGCAACAAUGGAACCAUUAAACCUUUACAAGGAAUAACAAAUGGAAACAGCACUCUGGGAAGCAAUUUGUCUCACCCUGGUUUCAAAGGUACUUCUGAGGCGAUGGCUGCCGAUGGCUUAGUCUCUUCCAACGGACCUACAGUUGCUUCUUCAUUGUUUCAGAAGACCAAUGCAAGCACUGAAGCUGGUAGUCAGAGCUCCUCUAAUUUAGCAUUCCCUUCUGGUCAAAGUAAACCACGUGGCUCUUCCAGCUUCAACAAACUGCUAACCGCUUUGAAUUAUGCUCUCCGGGAUUGGAUUACACAACAUGUGAACAAAAAUCCUUUGUGUGAUUUAACCCCUGUAUUUAAGGACUAUGAAAAGCAUCUGGCUACCAUUGAGCAGCAGUGUUGUGGUAAUACAGACAGUGAUUCACAUGAGACAAAGGAAGAGAACUCUGACACUGCAUCCGUUCUUUCACAUGGUGCUUCUGAGCUGCACAAAGAAACAGGAAUAUCAAAUAAAGCCAAAGAAGGUUCAUCAGAACUGAAGACCAGUGCAACGUCAGGGUGCAGUGUUACCUUUAACUUUGGGAAGAAAGUAGACAAUUCUGUCUUGGGGUCUGUUAAUUCUGGCUUGAACUUUGGUUUUCCAUUUGGGAGCAUGGGCACUGGAAUUUUAUCUGGCAAAGAUCUGAAACUGCGGGAGUCUUCUCCCCCCUUUACUCCACUGUCAUCAAAACCGGAAGGUGGAAGCAGUGAUAAAAAAGAUGGGGAAGACAGUGAAGAGGAAAAUGAAGAACCUCCCAAAGCUGCUGUUAAUGAAGUCAGGGAAGAUGAUGCUUUCUAUUCCAAAAAGUGUAAACUUUUCUACAAAAAAGAUGAUGCAUUUAAAGAGAAAGGAGUAGGUACAUUGCAUUUGAAGCCUGUGGGAGAUGAGAAGACCCAGUUGCUUAUUCGAGCAGACACCACAUUAGGGAAUAUACUGCUAAAUAUUUUGAUUCAGCCCCAUAUUCCAUGUACAAGAACAGCGAACAAUUUGAUAAUUGUCUGCGUUCCAAAUCCACCAAUUGAUGAGAAGAAUCCUACUACAGCAUAUACCAUGUUAAUAAGAGUGAAAACGGCAGAGGAUGCAGAAGAGCUGCACAAACUUUUAAUGGAGAAAAGGGAAGCAUAGUUAUAAAUCAGUGUCCAAGUUGUUUCAUGCAACAACAUGCUGCUCUAGUCUUUCAUUCAGAACAUUUAGUUAUUUUUUUAACAAGCGAAGUGAAACAGGUGAUUGUUUAAUUUGUGAUGCCUUUGUCUUUAAAAAAUGUUUGUAGAACUCUUCCUAACCUUCCUAAUAUUACUUGGCAUCAUAGUCUUUGAAUAAUGUUUGCUACCACUAACUGAAGUAAACAAAGUUCUGUUGAAUUGA